UAUUUUGAGCGUGGAUUUUUUGGUCAAAAUGAGAAAAAAUAAAUAAAUCACACAAGCUAAGGCAGCUAAAAGAGACCAUGAAUGAAUGAAUAAUUUUGGCUUGAACUAGCUUUGAGGUGUUAAUAGGUUGGAUGCGAAACGCCAUAUCAGGGGAAGGGAUUAUAUACUUUGUUUAUCUUGUGAAAGGUGCAGCCUCUCUGUCAAUGUAUUUGGGCUCAAUGUGGGUGUGUAUCCUGGUGUUCAGAAUAGAGAAAGCAACAGCAGCUACAAGCAGUGCCUCGUUUACCCUUCGAGCAGCCGCCAUGCAGAGAAAACAUAUACAGGCCGCUCUGCUUCUUGGAUUUCUAGUUCCAUACGUUUGCAACGUCGCCAGCAAGACUUCACACUCCGACUGUGCGACAUGCAUUUCACAUUUAUGCAAAAAGCAAAAGGCACUUUUUACUCGGAUCUGUGAGGGAUGCCAAAUAAAAGGCACAGAGGUGUGUAACCUGACAAUCCAGGCUGCAUUAGACCGAUUUGCCGGGCCGCCAGCGUGUGUGUGCGCCUGGGAGGAAGACGGGGACACACAAGAGCUGCUGGCACAAUGCGAGUCACAGCCAGCUCCACACAAGAGAAGCACACUGAGUGACUGGCAAUCAAGCACUCUCAUUGAAUUUGAGGAUGCUGCUGGAUCAUGCACGCAACAAAUGAGACUUUGUGUGAGUGACGGCGUGUGCAACAAGAAUUUGGCGCCCGUCCUUCAGACUUGCACGGCGUCCCAGUGCGACCAUGAGAGCUGUGGCCAAGAAACUCAACGUUUCUAUAGUAGCAUGCCGCAGCACGUAGCUGAGAGGCUAGUCAUGUGCGAAUGUGAUCCUUCAGAUGCAAGUUGUUUACAAAUGGAAGCAGCCUUGCAUGGCAGCGCAUGUGGAGACGAACCUUGGAUCUGUCAGGAAGCUGUGAGGCGCUGUUUGGAGGAGCGGCGUUGCAGGGAAUUGCUCACAAGUUUUCAAGCCAAAUGCUGGAGCUCUGCGGAAUCAUAUUGCGGUGACAUCACUCUUCAAAGUGAAUGUUUGCGCUUCAUGGACCCGGCUCUCAUCCUUGGAGGAGAUUUGGAAUGCAGAAAGGCCUUUGUGGCACUUCUGGGCACUCCACUGCACCAUCCGUGCACGUGCGAACAAAUACAUGGUGCUGAUCUCGACACAUGUAACAGGAUUCAUGACGUGCUUCACAACAAAUCACACUUCAAGACUCACUGGAUGAGGCAUCAUGGUCCUUCUAAUAUUCCUCCAAUCAAUGAAUUAGACGAAGCUCACAGCGGGCUAUCCGGUUAUCUACUCUAUAGCUGCACGGCGACACUGGUGGUGGGAAUUUUGGUCGGGCUUGUUGCUCUUUUAUGUAAAAUGCGGGUGGUGAGAAGAAACAAGAGACGGGACAAAACCAGAUUCCAGCCACUUCAAAAAAGUAGUGGCAUCGUUACCACACAAGAGUUUCCAUAAAUAUCAAAUCAAUGAAUUUUGUACCUAUUUGAACUCUUAUCAGACAAGAGGAGCCCUUGGAGGAUUUAUCUUCAUCUUGUCUGUCUUUUUCUUCAAUUUGUUCAUAUUUCGCUGUCUGAAAGAUGUUCGGGUGCAUAAAAAGGUAAAAGUAAAAAAAUCAAUGUUCAAUUCUUGAACGAAUGAAUGCACGUUACGCAAGAUGCAUGAAGUGUGUCCAAGGUUUCUACAACAACAGUGAAAAGUGUUGAGUUAUCAGCUUUUUCAAACAAGAGCAAAUGUGAAUUAUGACGGUGAUGUGAAAGCAAGUGAGGCGAAACAGACCUUCUGAUUAGAUUGAACAUUUCCCUCCGCUGCCGUGACUGCAUGAUGGGAUGCAGCUGCAGCGCUGGAAACGCACAUCUCCGAUAUCCAUCCAUUUUAUUUAAUUUUUUUAAAUACAACUUAUCCUGUUCAAGGUCACGGGGAAGCUGGAGCCUAUCCCAGCUGUGUUAGGACGAGAGGUGCGGUACACCCUCGACUGAUCGCUCAUCUGUCAUUCCCAACACUGACACAUAGAGACAAGCAUUCACACCUCUAGGCAAUUUAGACCUAAAAAUAAGAUUCUUUUGGACCGUGGUCAGAAACCGGAGUACCCGGAAAGAACCCACACAAGCUUGGGGGGUGGUGGGGGGCAUGCAAAUUCCACACUGAAAGGUGAUGUGCGGCGGACCUGCUAACCACUGGUCUUCAAAAGUGCAAAAGGCACCACAUGCAGAAACAUGCUAUACAUAGAAAGGCCUUGCGGUUUUGGAAAGAGAACACUCCUACUGCAAGAGUGUAGAACGGAAGAAAAAUACAAAGGGGGAAUCUUUCUAUUUUUGUGCUUCAUUGGCUCACCAUAAGAAAGGAUUGUAUUAAAUAUCAUUUCCACUCGUUGUGGUCAAUUGCAAUGGUAAAAUCGGAUUUGGUUCUUAAAUCAUUCAGUUUAUAGGGCAGAUGGUAAUGGAUCAUCUUUACUAGAGUGAUACAUUAGUGGUUCCUGGAUGGAUACAAGAAUUCCAAUGGCCUCAAAGGGGAAAAUGCAUUCAUCCCACUUGGCAACGUCCACUACACCACUGCACUGUAACAUACCUCUUGCAAAGCUAUAUGCAAUGCUACAAAAAAAAAUAAAUUAAUGCUGAUGACAAACAUGGCGACUAUAUUUGUUUGUCUCGCUUUCACAUGAUUGAAUAUUGCAUUGGUUCAAAAAGCCUCCAUUCAUGGACGGGUAGACUAAAAAAUAAAUGCUGACCCAUGGGUUAGAUCAGUGUUAUUGAGCAAAGGCAGAUGCAAGAAAUAUCUCAUGUCACAUCGCCAAACAAAAAUGGCACAAAAGUAUAUGCUGUAUAUUUUGAUGAUAUUGCUUGUAUUUACUGACAACUUUACAUAGUGAGAUCUGGGGCUGUUUGGUUGAAUACAAAAGUGACACCUGCAUACUCACAUGUGGUAGAUUCCUAGGGCCCUAAUUUGAUUCCCAGCACAAGUCUAGUGCAAACCGCAAUGCAACUGUGUGCAUGGGUGUUGUUUUCUUUCUUUUGGUAUUUUCCGAGGCUUUGUACAGGAAAAAUUGGGCAUAAGGUUGGCAUUUGUGCAAUUGUGUGCCUUUGUGAGAUGGAACAUAGCCAAUUCCCGUCCAAUGGAAGAAGCUCUCCUCAUUUGCAUUAAAAUGGGCAAUCUAAGCACACACACAAACACGGUAAAAAAUGGUGUGUUGAAUUUAUUCAAUUUUAUUUCGUCAAGUGGAUGCACAAAAUAAAAUCACAUGGAUCCAGUUACACUUUUUAAGUAGAUGUGUUGUGUGUCUGGAUCCAGAUGAUUUUUAUUUCCUGCCAAUCACUUGAUUAAAUAAAAUUAAGUAAAUUCAAGAGAAUCGUUUUUCCCGUGCAGUGCUUGAGAGCUUGACAUAGCGGUAGCAUAAAUAGAUUUGCUGGCGUCCGUGCAUGACAUUGGCGCAUCUAAAGUGUGUUUAUUCAGGUAAACUGCAAGAUCAGCCCUUGUGGAUGAUUUAGUCGGCCCCGCUUGUAACGUGGGCAACUGGAGCCUGCCCUGCCCCCAUGACCGUGCGUCCGUGUGUGUGCUGACACACAAUCGCCCGUUUUUACGCCUAUUGCAGUCUACUUUCUCUGAUGAAAAAGUCAGGGGCGAGGCAGCCCAGUGCACCAGAACACCAGUGAGACGCAGUGUGGUCCCAUACACACGAAACUAGACUGCGACCAUUUUUAUGAAGCGCCUGUCUGCCAAAAUAGGGCUCCAAAUCUCACACAAUAGCAGCAUUUUUAUUAGAAGAGGACAAAACACCCAAAGUCAAAGAAAUACUGCACUGAAGUCAUUCUUUCUACGUGUAGUUUAUUUUUCUCGUUGAGGAUCUAAAUAGCUGUAAUGGAUGUUACAGACACAACAUCUGGCCAAUCCCCUUCAUCAAUAUUUUAUAAAGUGCCUGUCGUUUUCCAAACGAUUUUGAUUGAUGCCUCCUAAAUAGGUUAGCAACGCUGCUUCCAUUGUGUAUCUCUUCACCCCCCACCCCCACCUGUUAUUUUCACCUUUCUUUGUUUGAUGAAGUGAUUUGAUCAAGGUGCUGAUCAUCCUCAGGGAUGUUUUGAACAUUGUCACUGUGAAAUGCGACUUCAGAGACACUGCUGUGCUCCAUGCUUGCUAUUUAGUAUUUAUGGGCAUGUCAAGAGAGACCAAGCUGUUGCACUUCAGCUCAGUUUGAUUUGAAAAUUGUCUGUCCACAUAAUGGAGUGAAUUUUGCACUCUGAGCAUGAUCGUGCUUGGCUUUCUCAGACGAAUGCUAGGGGUUUGUCUCUGUAUAGACGUGAAGAAUUGAUUUAUUUCAAAUUGAAAGUCUGCUUGAAACUUGUACAUUUCAUGACAGUCGGGAGUCUUUCUUAUUCAUUCUGUUCCAAUAUUUUUAUUGUACAUCUGAUCAUCCUCAUGGUAAAACAUCAAAAAAUACCUCCGCGAUCGUGAAGUCAU